AUGGCUGAGUCCAACUCAAAAUUUAGUUCCUUUCUAAUAUUAAUAAUAGUGCUAGCUAUCCAGUUUGUCUCUAUCAACAGCCAAAGCAAUAUAACGGUCACUUCUAAUCCUCAUCGUAGAAGGCAGAAUCAAAUCAGGAAAGUGAAUCGCCCAAACUCCAACAACAUCACAAUUAAUGUUCAUUUGGUCAAUCCACCGGCUACACAAGGACCAACUCGACCUAACAACCCAUGUACAAGUAAUAUUGCUCGAAGUUCUUGCGAUCAAUGUAUUCAUCGUAGUAGCCAAUGUUAUUGGUGCAAUUAUGAUAAUACAUGUCGUAAUUUGCCAUCAGGCCAAAGCCAACCAUUUCGGGGGGAUUGUGGUAAUGAUGCCUGGCAUACUGAUCAAUGCAUCAUCACAGGAAAUGUCUUACCUAUCGUCAUACCUGUAACAGCUGGUGUUAUAGCGAUAGCUGGAACCUCUUUACUUUGUUGUAUGUGUUGUAGAUAUCGAUCCAAGCGCCACGUUGAUCGUCAACUGAGAGAAAUUCGUCAAAAACAAGAAUCAGAACGAAAAAAGAAGAAAGAUAAAGAUAAAACAGUCGAACGUGCAUUUAAACUGGAAGUAGUCAGACAGAAAUACACAAGUAAAAAUAGCAGCAAUACUACAGCGUAUUCAUGGGAAAAUACAUCUAACAAUCAUUCAAAGCUUUUUUCCUUUAAUCCAUUUAAGUACAGACGUUUAGAUGAUGCAAAUAGUAAUACUAUCACUGCCGUUUAA